UUUAGGUUAGUUUAUUCGGUCCAGAAAAACCGAAGGCUUUCAAGUUUCAAUCGAAUUUCUUAUUUUCUUAUCGACUUUUUUUUGAAUAUCAAUUUAUUAUUAAUUAGUAAUAACCAUUUUUCAUAAAUAAUUAUCUAGUUAAAAUGUUGUUUAACACUCCCAUUCGUAUGCUUGGCCGACAUCUACGACCUUUGUCGAAGAAAACAUUAAGAAUGUACUCUGCCGCUACACAGCCACUGACUGUACCAGAACCAGACGGAAGCUCUUUGACAAGUUCUCCCAAGUUAGAAAAACUAUAUACAGAAAUCACUUCCUUAACGAUGGUUGAAGUUUCAGAGUUUACUGAAUUAUUAAAAGUUCGCCUUAACCUAAAAGACAUUCCCAUGGGAGCAAUGGUCAGCGCUCCAGCUGCAGCAGCACAAGAAGAAGAAGAAGACGAAGUAGCUGCAACAGUCAAAACAAGUUUCACCGUUAAACUUAUGAAAUUCGAUGAAAAGCAAAAGGUUGCUUUAAUAAAAGAAGUAAAAAACUUAUUGGAAGGCAUGAAUUUAGUACAGGCUAAAAAGUUUGUUGAAAGUGCCCCUACAGUUAUCAAAUCAGAUAUUGGUAAAGAUGAAGCAGAGAAAUUAAAAGAAGCAUUUACUAAAGUAGGAGCUGAAUGUGUAAUUGACUAAAUUUUACAUAUUUGUUAUAUUAUUAUAAUAUAUAAUUAUUUUUAAUUUCACAAAA